UUUCUUAGUGCGAGUGAAGGCCGUAGCGAAAUGUAGCGGCGCGUGCAGCAGCUCAAACGGCCCAAAAACUGUAUCUCCUGGAGGCGCAAUUUACAACUUUAUCCUCAAAAUAUUCACAUUAUCAGUCAUUUCCACUAUAAAAUGCAGCACUGUCCCUAAACCCUAUUUCUUCUUUUCAUAACCCUAGAAGGUCGGAGUGUUGUACAUCGAACAAAUUGAAGAGUUUUGUAUGUUGAGAUAGGUGAUGGCUCCAAAGCAGCCAAAUACAGGGUUAUCAGUUGGGCUAAACAAAGGCCACAUUGUAACCAAGAAGGAAUUAGCUCCACGCCCUUCUGACAGAAAAGGGAAAACAAGCAAAAGAAUCCACUUUGUGAGGAGCCUUAUCAGAGAAGUUGCUGGAUUUGCUCCAUAUGAGAAGAGGAUUACUGAGCUUCUUAAAGUUGGAAAGGACAAGCGUGCCUUGAAGGUAGCCAAGAGGAAGUUGGGUACUCACAAGAGGGCGAAGAAGAAGAGAGAAGAGAUGUCUAGUGUUCUCCGUAAGAUGAGGGCUACUGGAGGUGGUGAAAAGAAGAAGUGAAAUCGUCGGUAUCCUCCUCAAUUGAUGUUUGAAGGACCAAUUAGUUAAUUCACCAGCCUUUUACAUUUGCAAUGUACUUAGCCUUUUCAAGAAAGGAGACUUGUGAUCAAAAGUUCCCCAUUUAUGUUUCUUGAAGAUUUUGGAGUUGGUGAUAUUUUAGACAUUUUUGCAAAAAAUUGUGCGCUUUUUGUUAGUUUUACUAGUGCUGACCAUCUGCUUUUGAUCUAUGAAAUGAUUUGGAUA